AGUUGACUCUUAUUAAAUAUGAAAUAACUUACAAAAUUACUUUGUUAAAUGGAAUUGGGUUGUUGAGUAUGUUUAUUGGUUCAGUGUUAGUGCUACAGAAGAACUAAAACAAUUAUUAAUCACUGGAUCAGCAUUAGUAUUAAGCAACAUCAGUUGAUCUAAUUUAAAGCAAUAACCUGUUAUUUUAAUGAACUCUAGCUUAAUAGUUUUUGCCUUUCUGAGAUUUCAUUCUGAUUCACAUUGCUAGGUAGGAAACUUAAAAUGACCCAUACGCUCCACACUCUUUCAAUAAAAUGGGCUGGUUAGAUCCACGUGUGUGUUUUCCAAGGACCUGUCAGAACACCCAAAUGUAUAAACCAGAGCUGCCAGGCAUGGUGAUGGUGUCACACAAGGGACUUAGAGAAAUCAUUUAGGUUUCUUUUUUUUCAAAGUCAGGCAGUUGACUACUUUGUUGUACUUCAUAAGCUGAGGAAUAUAUCCCAUACAACUUGUCCUGCAACCUGGAGGACUGCUAUUGAAUGAACAACUAUAUUAAAUUGCUUUGAACAAGGAAAACUCUUUUACUAGUUAUUUUAGGAUGUUGCACUAUAGUUGUAUGUGUUUAUUGUAGCAUGUCAGAAAAUAACCAGUUAUUUUUCUGGAUAAACUGCAGGACUUGUUUGAAAAUUUGCUGGAUAGUUAAUAUUUACUAUUUAUCCAAUCUACCAUAAAUUGCAAAAUACAGCCAUCCCUCCUGAUUUGCGCGGGAUGCACACACACACUGAGAAUCUGGAAAAACACAGAUAUUCAAGUCCCCAUUGAUUUCAAUGGUGGUGUGCUCUCGUGUACACACACCAUUUUGCCCCUCCCCACUUGCCAUCCAUGAAUGGGUGAGACCACAAAAUCCAAAUCCACAUAUUGGGAGGGACGACUUCUAUUUUCAGAUGGAUUAAAUGGGCAUAAAGUUGAUGAAUGAAGGUCAGUGUGCAGUGUACACAUUGUAUCCUCCUCUUCUCAUCUAUUCCCAUUCGCGCUCUCUCUCUCUCUUGAGGCGGGUCUGAAUUGUCAAUAUUUCUCCAGGAAAAGAUAACCAUGGGUUCAUGUUUUCUUUGUGCUGUGCACCAACAGAGUUUAUUGGAAAAAGAAGUAAAAAGAAAAAAAAAAGUGUUAUACAUCUGUAAAGAUCUGUAGUAGAGUAAAUCUAUAAAUCAGCUUGGCUGUCUCAAGAAGGAUAUUGUAAAGAUAGAAAACAUGCAGAAGGGAAUAAAUAGUAUAAGUAAGAGAUUAGAAUUUCUUUCCUGUGAGAUUAAACUACUUGAGAUUUUUCUAUUUAGAAAAAGGACCAAAUAGAGGGUGCUGGAAGAUUAUAAAAAUAAUCAUACUGGGAAGAAAAUAUGUAAAAUAUCACCCUCAAAAAUAAAAUUGUGACAGUGAAUUAAGGAGAGCUUAAAUAAAAUGAUUUUUCAAAAAAAUGUGUAAUAACUUUUGUAGGUUAAUACAGUCGGCCUUCCAUAUUCAUGGCCUUGAUUAUUCACGAGGUAAAGGUCGCUAAUGUGGGCAUUCCCCUCCCUUUCAGUGCCCAAUAUCUCCUUGGGCAGUCCAGAGAGAGAUGGGGAGGUGAAGGCUCUGGAAGGGCCAAGGCACCUCUUGCCUUCUCCUCCCCAUCUUCUCUUUGGGUUUCCCAGGGAAAGGAUAGAGAGGCAAAGGAUCUAAGAGGGGCCAAGGCACCUCUUGCCUUCUCCUCCCCAUCUUCUCCUUGGGUUUCCCAGGGAAAGGAUCGGGGAGGCAAAAGGGUCUAAGAGGAGCCAAGGCACCUCUUGCCUUCUCCUCCUUGAUCUUCUCCUUGGGCUGCCCAGGGAAUGGAUCAGGGAGGAGAUGAGGCAGGGAGCCAAUUAAAGGGACAGGUGGGUGAGGAAAAAGGAACAUGGAGCGCUGCUCCUCUUCCCCCGCUCACCCUUCCCUUUAACUGGCUUCUAAGUGAGGGGUGGAGUUAAUUCACAAUCUUUCCAUGUUCACGGGGGUCUCAUUCCCCUAACCCCUGUAAAUAUUGAGGGAGGACUGUAAUUCCCUGCUUCAAGAUGCAGUUUUGGUCACUGGUUUUGAAGGCUUUAAAGAAAUUAAGACAGCUUCAUGGAGCGUCGGCCAGUUAGUGCCUAUUAGCUAUAAUAGCUAGAUGCUCUAUUGAGAGACACGAGGCCUCUGAAUCCCAGUUGCUGGGGGCAUAUUGUAGGGAAAGUGUAAUAAUGCUUCUGUGUCAUGUUUAUAGAUUUGACUGACUCAUCAGAUUUGCACAGUGCCUUGUGUAACUCAUAGUCAUACCAUUUACUGUAUAUUAAAUUAUAUAAAUUGUAAACAUAUUUAUAACCUUAAAAGUAUGUUACCAUUUUUACUGUUGUUUUUGGAAACCAUUUGUAUCACAGCAAAAUUAUAUGAAGAGAUACUAUUCCUUUGGAUACCCAGCUAUUGAUUAGUAUUUUCUGAAACCAAGUCUGUAUCUAAAGACACCUAUUUACCAACAUUUUAGAAUUCCCAUGAAGUAUGAUAAACUUCAGAAGAAAACAAAUGUGUUUACAUGGCUUGUCUUGUGUAACUACCAAAAUUGUCCCUUUUAUCUCCAGCCUGUUGUGUAAGCAACAAUGUUUUCCUGCUUGUGUGAGGGUUGUCUGUUUGUCUUCGUUAUUAUUGCUAGAUUUAUUACCUGUCAUAAAGAGAACAUUUUGGUGAAAAUAAUUUAAUCAAGUGAUCACCAGCAGUGUCUGUUUAAGCCAACUGAGUACUGUAUUAUGGACUACAGCUGCUUAAUGUCAUCUCCAGCUGGUGGAUUGUGGAGCAUUUUUGAAGGCCAUGUCACCUUGAACUAUAAUUUUAUAAUGCAAAGCAGGAAUUCUUUUUAAAAAAGAAAAUAAUCUGAAGCCAUUUCAGAUGUUGGUAAACUGCUCCCAUCAGGCUUGGUCAAAAUAGUCAAGGUGAAAGACAAUGGGAGUACAGUCCAGUACGUUUGGAAAGCCACAUGCUCCCUAACAAUGAUCUAAAUGGCAAUACAAAAACUUACCAUAUAUGUUGGAAUUGUGUUUUGCAAAAGGCUACAAAAGGACAUAUCCCAAUACCUGUCAAGAUUAUAGGCGAACUUUAAAAACCUAUGCGGAACCAUUCUGGAUCAACCCAAAGGCCUUAUCAUGUCCAUCAUUCUGUCUACACAGUGGCCAAUUAGUUGCCUAUGCAAUGUUCAAAACAGGACAUGGACACAAUAUUAUGUUCCUGCUAAUAUUCCCUCAUAAAUGAUAUACAGAGCAAUGCCUCUGACAUUAGAGGUAGGUAAGACAUCGCCAUUAUGCCUAGGAGGCAUUGAUUGCAUUUUUCAGAUUCCACACAAACAGUUGGUUUUGGAGAAACUGUCUUCCCAAUAAGUUCUGUUCAUGACUGCUGCCUGGCCCCCCAGCACUAUACACAGAGGCUUGGAUGACAAAGGGCUAGUAAACUAACGUCGUUUGAGUUUUACAGUUGUUACCACAGUAAAUUUUAUAGGCUGAAAAGGAAUAGUAUUUGAUAGUUUUAAUAUGUUAGGUAAGGUAUAGCUCAGCAAUACCAAAACACACACACUUGUUAACAAGAAUGUCAACUUUAACUUAAUGCUUUCAAUGGAAGAAUAAUCCAAAGCUGCAACUGCACUGGUUCUUUCUUUGCUGAUGAUGGAAUAUUUGCCUUCAAGUGUGCCCGUGCAGAAGAACUAUUUAAUAUGUUGCAAGAGAUCAUGCAGAACAAUAGUAUAAAUGUGGUAGAAGAGCCAGUAGUUGAAAGAAACCCACAUCAAACAGAGAUGGAAGUUCCAAGAACACCUCGCACACCUACUACACCAGGGUUGAGUGGACAGAGUUUACCCAAUGGAUAUCCAAGGUAUCCUUCAUAUGGAGAUGCUUCAUCACAUCCCUCCAGUAGGCACCCUUCUGUAGGAAGUACACGUCUUCCUUCAGUAGGUGAAGAGUCAACACAUCCCUUGCUUGUAGCUGAGGAGCAAGUCCAUACAUACGUGAAUACAACUGGUGUACAAGAGGAAAGAAAAAACAGACCAAGUGUGCGUACACCUCUGGAGCGAAGGGUUUCCAGUACAGAAAUGAGCACCCCGAGAGAAGAUGAAAUUUGCUCUGAUGACAGAGAUGCCCAGGUUGUACUGGAGCCUGAAGGAGUCAAAUUUGUUUUGGGCCCGACACCUGUUCAGAAGCAGUUAAUGGAGAAAGAAAAACUGGAAUCAAGUGGCAACAGUACUCAAGCUAGUGGGAACAGUACUCAGGCUAGUGGGAACAGUACUGAAACUAGUGGCAGCAGUACUCAAGCAUGUGGCAGUAGUAACAAUGAAUGGGACACUGGGUAUGACAGUGAUGAACGCAAAGAUGCUUCCUCUGGUAACAAACUGACAUAUGAAAAUGUAAAUAGAUUGUCCAUCCCUAGCACCUCAGGGAUCAGGAGGGGUCGUCUGAUAUCAUCCAGUACCUCCGAUACUCAAAAUGUCAACAAUUCAGCUCAGAGGAGAACUGCAUUGUUAAAUUAUGAAAAUCUGCCAUCUUUGCCUCCAGUUUGGGAAGCCCGCAAGCUCAGUAAAGAGGAGGAUGACAUUUUAGGACCAAAGACACCUUCUCUUAACGGCUAUCACAAUAAUUUAGAUCCCAUGCAUAAUUAUGUCAAUACAGAGAAUGUAACAGUGCCAUCAAGUGCUCACAAAAUAGAAUAUUCAAGACGUCGGGACUGCACCCCAACAGUCUUUAAUUUUGAUAUUAGGCGACCAACUUCAGAACACAGGCAGCUCAACUAUAUACAGGUUGAUUUGGAAGGUGGUAGUGAUUCUGACAACCCUCAGACUCCAAAAACUCCUACCACUCCACUUCCACAGACUCCAACCAGGCGCACAGAGCUGUAUGCUGUGAUAGACAUUGAAAGAACAGCUGCUAUGUCAAGCUUGCAGAAAGCACUGCCUCGAGACGACGGUACUUCUAGAAAAACUAGACAUAACAGUACUGACCUGCCUAUGUGAGCCUGGAAAGCAUUAGUUAAAUCAUUUGCACCUUUGUGAAUUUUUUUUAAUUGAAUGAGUGCUCUGUUUGACUUUUUAAAUGCUAUCACUUUUCAUAGACUUAUAGGGUUUUUUCCCUUCAUGUGCUUGUCUAAAGGGAAUUUUAAGGUAGAAAGAGUAUUUAGUAACACUAUCAUUUUACAACUGUAGAAGCAGCUUUUGGUCAGUGUUGCCAUCUUUUUAUAGUGCCUAUUUCAUUGACUGAAAGUUGUAGUGGCAUGCCAGUGUUGACAGACUAGCCGCGUACAUAAAGUCACUGAAGAUGUUAUGACACUUCUAUGCCUCCUGAAAAUAGCAUUGCUCACAGAUCAGUGUAAUCUCUCAAAAUAUAUAUCUGAUGAUUCACAUGUUCAAGUUCAUGUGGCACAAAUGAGAGAGUUUCUCAUCAGGCUAAGUUGUGUUCAAACAUGGUAUAAAUUGUUUUAUCUUGUUUUUUAUGGACUAAAUAAAUUUCUGGGCCAUGAACCAGUGUUUAGUAGGACUGACCCCUAAAACCUUCCUAAUAGAAGCAGCUUGCCAUGUUACUGAAGAGUGCUAGUCUUUUAAUAUAGCCAGUUAAUAGAUUUCAGAUUUUAAAAUGAUGACUGGAGUGCCAUUACUUUAAGAGUUGUCAGGCUAGGGACAGAAUUUUUUUAAUGGAAAUCUGCAACUUGAUAAAACGUAUAUUAGCUAGCACUUGGUUUCAGUUUUAAAACAGGCCAUGAACUAAUGAUCAGAUGCACUUUAAAAUCACCAACUACAAAUCCAGCAACUAGAAAUUGAAAACCAUCUUCUUAAUGUCAGAUCUUUUUUGAUUUCAGAAUGAGACUGUGUGUCAGUUACAGGACUUGUUGGGUUUUUUUUCCCUCUGCAAAGGAUGUAUAUAUAUUUUUUGUACCUAGAUAAAAUUGCAUCUUUUGAUAACCUGAAAGGGUGUCAUUGAAGAAUAUGGUACUAUAAGACUAAAACGCUAUAUGAUUGAUUGAUACAAAGAGUAGCAUUCUGCCAGACUUUUCCCCUGCCUUUGAAGACCAGUAGUAUCCCAUGCAUUGUGAAGGGAUGCAGUCAUAAGGAAAGAAACAAUAAUUCAAGUCAGAUCUCCCUUAUGUGUGCAGAAAUACUAUCCACUAGUGCACAGGGCUUUUUGGGUUCCAGUCUGUAUCUUAAAUAUUCCUUUUCAGACCAUUUUGGAAGUAGAGCUUCAGGACUGAUUUGCUUUUAUUGCCGUUUGAAAAGUCACACCUCUCUUUAUCAAAGUCUGAAACCAGCCUUGGUUUAGGUUUGCCAUGUUUUUUUUCUGUACAGUUGUACAGUUCACUCUAGAGCAGUGAUUCCCAAACUCUGGUCAUCCAGGUGUUUUGAACUUCAGCUCCCAGAAUUCCAGGCCACUGGCCAAGAUGGCUGAGGCUUCUGGGAGCUGAAUUCCAAAACACCUGGAUGGCCAGAGUUUGGGAAUCACUGCUCUAGACAGUUGUGAUGCUAUUUAUAGUAACAUUAUGUCUGGCGGGAUAUUUUUACUUUUAGUUCUGUAAAAUGUUCUGUUUCCUUCCUUGCUUUUCAUUCAUUUUUUCCAUUUUCCUUGUACAGUAUUUAGGUUGUAAACCCUUAAUUUUGUACAUAGUCUUUGUUCAGUGUAUUUUGUGUGUAGCAUCUUGUUCAGUUUCUUUAUUGCCAUGGAAAAGCUUUUUGAAGGCCCAUUGGUGGUACUGUCGCUUAUCAGAAAGGCCUUCCUUAUUACUUGCACAAAUGGAAACAUGCAUAUUCGAUGUUUGAGAACAGAAAGUGCUGUGGCACCUUAGAGGAGAGCAUGUUGAGACAUGAGUUUUCAUGCUUGUUUUCUUCCAGAAAAUAAUUGUGGGCCAUUGGAAUGGUGGGUGUGCAUACAUUGUAUAAUUUGUCAGUACAAGUCAAUAACAUGGUUCCAUAAAUAAUAGCACUCUUGGUUUCUGCGAGACCACGAUCUGUCUUAACCAUUUGUAUUGGGAUAUCUGUUUAAGAUGUCAAACAUAACCUUUUUUUUUUAUUGCUGCCAUAGUGUACUUUUUUGUGCUGGUGUGCUGAUCUCAAUGUCACUGUGUUCCAUCUUAAGCUAUGUUUGCUGGCACAACAAGUCUCAUGAAUAGAGUAUCUACUGAAUGUGUGCAGAAUCUCUGGAAAUAUUUAUCAAUAUAUGAACUUAACCCUCUAAUAGACGGAUAAUAGCUUAACUACUGCUGAAUAUUCCCAGGACCUCUGAUAUCUGCUUAUUUUACCUGAUAAUCUCUUCAGGACACCUUCACUUUCACAGUAAAGAUUCUUGGAGUACAGCCAUUGAAGUGCAAGGUUUAUAGCAGCACAGAAUAGUGGAACUGCAGGAGAAGCAAUCAUUGUCAUAAUGCUUAUAGAAUGGUAACAUUGUUCCUAUUAGUUUCAGAAACAUGGAGGCAAGUUUUUAUCCUGGAAUUGAAAAACAAAAGAAGAAAUAAGGGGGGAGAUCACAGUAUGUGAAACUUACUUUCUUACAAAACCUAAAUUUUCGUACUAUAAGCAUAUGGGUUGUAUAAUGUAUAACUUGGCGCAUAAUGGUACUCUUAUAUUUAUAAAAUUAAAAAUUAUAAACAUUAUUUAAACAACUGCAAAUCUGUCCCGUGUCAUAGUGCAGAAGCUGCAAAUCUAAGACUGCAGUCCUGUACCUGCUUAACUAGGAGUAAGUCCCAUUGAAUUCAGUGACAAAUCUCAGUAAAUAUGCAUAGGUAUCUUUAUUUCUUCCAAUUGUAAAAUAGAAAACAAAACUUGAAAUUAUUAUUUGAGUAAACAAAUAAAGGGUUUAUUGUAUUAAAUGUAAACUUGACCAUUAUCAUGCCAAAGCAGCAUGAAUAUUUUUAGAGAGAAGCUCUGAACAUUAUGUGGUGGCAGUAAAUCUGGAUAGUUGGUUAAACUUUGCAAUAAUGUAUUGGAUUGGAAAUGUGGUCCUGUGCACACUUCAUGUGGACUUAGUGUCAUUGAAUUCACUGAAACUUUAUUCUGAGUUAAAACAAAUAGGAACAGGCUUGAGCGUUCAGACAUUAUAGAGCUGCCCUACAUCUAUAUUUGUUUUAUUUAUAUCCCAUGGAUUGGAAGAUCUGCCCUCUGCUAUCAGAAAUGCCUUGCUAGGUUAAAUCAAAGCGCUGUCUAAUCUGGCAUUAUUUUGCCACUGUAGCCAGGCAAAUUAUGAAGGGAAGCCUACAACCAAGACAUGAGCACCUUCGGGUUUGUGUUCUCCAGCACCUGCUAUUUAGGGCCAUGCUUCCUCCAGUAUAAGAGGCAAAAAUUAUAAUAUCCCUGUCUUGAGUUCUUUUGUCAAGCAAAACUACUUUUCUGGUUACCUGUGGUUUUGUCUUCAUUACUUAAAGAACGUCAACUGCCUGAAAUACCUUUCUGCAUAUGUUAUAUGAGAAUGUAAUGAGAUUGUACAUCAGUUUCAGGUGAAGCUAGAAACCCGAGCCAGACUCCUUCAGACUGGUUCUGUUGCUUUCUGAGGCAAAGUGAGCUUCCCUUGAAAGUUCUCAGAGCUAAAACAGAAGCCCAGGUGAAGCUUAGAAAGGUUUCAAGAUUUUGUAGAUAUGUUACAGGAGGAGCUGACAUCUUUUAGAUACUGUUUCUGUGAAAAUAUCCAUGGUAGGUAGGU